AUUUUCCAGAAUAUUUACUGUUCUCAUAAUGGAGAUCUCCCUGCUGCAGCAGAUGUAUAAGGAUGUGCUGGUGGGCCUUCCACUAGCAAAGGAGAGCCAUCAUUAUACAUCUGCGCUCAACCUGUGUGUUGAGCAGUCACCCAGAAGAGAUGAAUCAGGUAAUCAGAUGCAUCUGCCAUCUCCUCAUCGUGGUAUUAGGAGCCAUCAGGACCCUGAUAUUUCAGGCGCUGCUGUCCCUAUAACAGAUGAUAUGUCUGAUAACUUUGCAAACAUCAGCUCCUCAUUGUGCCCACGAGAAGUGAUGCUGCUCCAGUUAACCUUGAUGCAGAUGAUGGUGGCAAAGGUACAGUCUCAGGAAAUUGAAUCCAAUACAAGACAGAAGUACUGCAAUAUCCUUGUCCAUCUUUUGAAGGAGGCAAAAAUUGACUCAAAACUGAUUUGGCUGUUGAAUAGUUCUGAUCAGCUGCUAUCUCAUAUGGCGUCGAAAAGUUUAGCAUCUCUUGUGUACUUCCAGCUGAAGGAAGAGAAUGCACUAAAUGUCACCUGGCUCACCUUUAGUCUGAAGAUUCUGUCAGAAUUCCCUGUGAAUCCCCACGCAGCAAAAUGUAUGUGGACUCUUACAGCCAUCAUCAGGGACAUUUUGAAAGAUAAAGUUUUACCUAAAGCAGGUGUCUUGAAGAAGUUGCUGACUCCCCUUGAUGCUGUGCUGGAAGGGUUUUAUAAUUCCAUUUUGUGCCAUCAUUUUGACAGUCACCACUAUACUUCAGCUUACUCUGAAGCCGCAAACAAUUUGAUCAGCUUCAUAGAUCUGCUUGAAGCUCUUUUGGCUUCCAGAAUUGAGUUAGAAGUACCCCUGAGAUGCCAGAGAGUGUUAUUUUUGAAGGUUUCUUAUGUCCUGAAUUGCAUUAGCUCAUCAGUUCAUUAUUUAUUCAAGAAGAAAUUCAUUAUGCUCCUUAAAAAAUGCAUCCUUUACAAAUCUAGAGAAGAUUCUGUAAGUGGAUCGGUGUCCUUACAAAAGCCGUGUUUAUCUGAGGAUGUUCUUGCACUGAGUAAUGGGGUUCUGCAAGGUGUGAGUUUGACUUGGCUUAAUCAGAUCCCUCUUGGUGAAAAAACGAGCUACUUUGGAGGCAGAGAAUUUCAGAGUUCCAUGUCCCAGCUGCUGACAUUCUGGAGGGGUCACCUGACAUCUUCCUCACAUUCUCACCCAGUUGUACAUCAUUGUGAAUGGCUUUCCUUGAUUUUCAUAGAGCAAGAUGAUGAUAUGUGGGAAGCUGCUAAAGCAUUAUUACUCAUUUAUUUAAAAUUUCACAGGUUACAGCAUGAUGCUGCUGAUAGCUUAAGCCUAAAAGAGGAGGAAACCUGGAACUUCCUUACGCAUGAAAGUGGCUGUAAUCCCCAUUGUAUCUUUUUAUUCUUCCUAAAAAGUAUUGCAUUUGAUUCCACAGUUCUUCUAGAUUUUUUGAUUUCAUCAGAAACUUGUUUUCUGGAGUAUUUGGUAAGGUAUUUAAAACUUCUUAGAGAAGACUGGCAUCAUUUUGUCAAUGUCUGUAACCAUUUUGAUAUGAAACAUGGCACUUUUCAAUCUGUUUCUUCUGACAAGCCACCUCAUCACGGGAAACAAAACUAUGUGACUGAGAUGUGUUUGCAAAAUGCUUGUUGUGAACCAGAUCCACAGACUGUAUCUUUGGCAUCCUCUCACUUAGUAUUUGCGACAGAGCAAGGGGAUAAUGAAGUUGUGGAGUCCAACCAGUCUCAGCCAUUGCCGUUCACUGAUAGCCCAGCUCUGCUGGGUUCUCUUCAAAGCCUUGUUAAUUAUGACAGCUCAGAAGAUUCUGAACAAGAGCCAGUUGGAAAAGAGAGUGUGGUAAAAACAAAGCAGAUGCCUUUAAAUUACGAGGGCAAGGCAAAGAUAAGGGAACCGGUUUGCAGCUGCAUAGAUGAUAAACAAAAUGCACUCAAAUCUCAAGUGUUGCCCCUGAAACAAAAGGGAUCUAAUACCUCAUCCUUUCUGGCUUGUACAGUGCCUUCAGAUAACAUCCUUCCUCUAAGAAUAAUGCUUUGCAAAUCAACUGCAUGUUUGGAAGAACUGCAAAUAGCUAUUUCGAGGUUGCAGAGAAGAAAUCUUUUCCCAUACAAUCCUUCUGCAUUGCUCAAACUGCUGGGUUACAUUGAGAAGAUCAGUAAGAACAUGAGUUCACAUGAAUGUGAAGACAAAGAAGCGUUCUCCUGA